UUUUAUCCUCUAUAAAACGUUGUACCCUUCCAUUUUCCUACACUGAAUGAUUAAAGGAUUUACAGCCUUCCUUCUUCAAAUUUUCGUAUCCCAAAGCUGACUUUUGCUAUACGACCAACACUACUUUUAUAUAUACACACCAUAGACAUACAGUAACGUUUGAUGGUGAACCAAGUAUCACUCACCUGCGCUAUUCUUGGCGGGUUUAUCGUCAUAUAUGGCCUUGUAUCUGGAUUUGUCAAGCAGCGAUUAUAUCUCUCUGAAGCUUUCAUUGCUACUGCUGUUGGGAUUGCGUUUGGACCUCUCGGAGCCAAUUGGUUUUCCCCCGAUUCUUUCGGUAAUGAGGAAGCUAUCACCAGAGAAUUUGCACGUCUUGUCAUUGCCAUCCAAGUUAUGGCUGCCGGAGUGGCACUUCCAAAAGCUUACCUGUGGAAAGAGAUUCGUAGCUUGAUGAUCUUACUCAUCCCAGGAAUGAUAUGGAUGUGGCUAUCAAGCUCACUGCUGGUUUGGUGGCUAAUUCCGGGGCUUAAUUUUCUGGAAUCUUUGAUGAUUGCGUCCUGCUUUACGCCAACUGAUCCUGUGUUGGCCAGUUCCAUUGUUCAAGGUCAUUUCGCAGAACAACACGUACCUUUUCACAUUAGAAACCUUAUUCUCGCUGAGAGUGGAGCAAAUGAUGGCCUCGGAUACCCAUUUCUAUUUUUAGCCGUCUACCUACUGCAAAUGCCCACCGGCCAGGCUAUAGGGAAAUGGUUUUACUGGAUUUUAGCUUUUCAGAUCCUGCUCUCCACUGUCAUUGGAUUUGUCGUCGGUUUCAUUGCUCGCAAAGCUCUCAAAUUCGCUGAACAGAAAGAAAUGAUUGAUAAAGAAUCAUUCCUUGUUUAUGCUGUUGCUCUUGCGCUGUUUCUCACAGGAACCGUCUCUAUUAUUGGAAGUGAUGAUCUACUAGCGUGCUUCAUUGCUGGUAAUUCCUUUACUUGGGAUGAUUGGUUCCGCAAAGAAACCGAAAAUGCCCAUAUGGCCGAAGUAGUGGAUGUGUUACUCAACUUGUCAAUGUUUGUGUAUAUUGGUGCAACAGUACCAUGGAAUUCUUUCACUGACUCUGCCUUAUCAUUGUCGUUAUGGCGGCUGUUUGUACUCGCGAUCUUAGUGCUUCUAUUGAGACGUCUUCCCAUCGUUCUUGCAACCUACAAAUUUGCACCGGCAAUUCAUAAUUUCCGAGAAGCUCUCUUCACUGGAUGGUUUGGUCCUAUUGGUGUUGGUGCACUUUUCUAUUAUACCGUAGCUAUUGAACAGUUUACUGAGGAUGGCCCAGAUGCCCACGCAAGAAGUGUAGUGAAACCAAUCGUGUACUUCAUGAUCUUAGCAUCCGUACUGGUUCAUGGCAAUACCAUUCCCAUGUUCUACUUGGGAUCAUUUGCAACUCGCACUCUCACCCGCACCAGCUUUUCCAGCUCUGGUACAAAUUCAGUAUCUCGCCUUCCAAAACUUGCGUUCGGAACAGAUAUUUUCUCGCGACAUAGCAAGGAUAAACACAAUGUAUCGGCAACCCGAGACGGUGUAGCGAUUACCCGGGAUGCUAACGAUGUUCCACUCGAUGUAUCACACCCACCCAAGCAAACUGCUAUCACCAUUAUCACUCCUGAUAACAUACGAACCAAGCCGAACAUGACGCACAGCGAAUCGGCUCCCAGCUUUAGUGGUGGCAUGGUGGCGCAGAAUAAGAACGCCGAAGGUUCUUCGUCUCGACUUGUUACUGAGCAAUCCAAUCGCGAAGAAAAUCUGCAUGCCGGGUUGGCUGAUAGCCCUGCUCGAAAUUCCAGUGAGAGUUUAGACGACAUCAUAUAAUUCACAUUUGAAUCUAUCAU